UCAGGUUUGUUUGAGUAUGAUAAGCAAGCACAAGGAUGGGAACGAGUCCAGGAGCUUAACGAAGCAAAAGUUCUCUCAGUUCCAAAGGGACACUAUGUGGAAUUAAACUUCACCAUGCGCGGCAAGUGGCCACUGCUGUGCCUAUGGGAUAUUAAUCUUGAAAUUCGUGAUGGCAGUAAUCAGUCGGCCAAUUUUCUCGGUGAAUUCUGUGGAGAUUACGGAAUUGGAGUGGUGCGAUCCAGUGGACGAUACAUGUGGUUGAAACUUAUGUGGAAAGAGCUAUAUGAUUUCGCUGCAUUCUAUAUUGACAGAUCCACCGAUGAAACAGGCAUGGAGUUCCUUCCUAUAUAAAUAAAUAUACACCCAACUUGAAAAUAUAUAUUAAUUAUAUAUAGCUUUCCCUUUUUUGAAAAUAUUCGUUUUCAAAAACGUUGCAAAUUUGUAAAUAUAUAUCAAAUACGAAAGCUAAGUUUUUCGUUUGUCUCACGAUGUAGUCACGUGUGAUGUAGAUCGCGACGUUUCGACUGCAUACUGCUAGUCUUCUUCAGGCGAUGAGGUCGACUGGUUAUGCGAAUAUGUGAAUUGCCUCUUUGACCCUGCGCCUGCAGUAAUAAGGGUCACGGUCAAUAAAUUUUACUUCGUUCCAGAGUGGCUUGUGUCCGGUGUUGUGGGCAUGCUCUGAAACGGCGGAGGUCUCGGUACGGGCGAGUCGAAUGUCUCGAUCUUGCUCCUUAAUUCUGUCUUGCAUAGGUCUUCCAGUCUCUCCAAUGUAUACCUUGCCACAUUCACAGGGAAUUCUGUAAACUACGUCAUCUUGUUUAGCCAGGUCGACAGCAUCUUUUGGUCGUACUAACUGAGAUCUUAGCGUAGUCUCCGACUUGAAAACAGCGCGCACGCCUUGUUGUUGUAGGCAACGACGAAGACCUUAUGUCAAAUUCCAAAAGCGUGGAUGCCCACGAUCAAAAAACACAACAACAGGAGAACCUGGACUGUAUCACCCAUGUUCCAAACACGUCGAGACCGACGCUGGUAAAGGGAGGCCAAAUCUCCUCUCUGUCUGGUAAGACAGUAGAAGACCAAGUAGUUUCUUGCACAAGAUACAAGAACUGAUCAACUUGGCUAUGGCUCCAUGGCUUGCUUAUCAGCCAAUAUCCGGCAUUUCUCAGAGCUCUAGACUGCGAAUGUCUUUCGCUAGAUCCUCCAACGCAAACACUAACGCAUUACACUCACGGAGUUUGACACCAGUUUAUGGAGCCUGAGGUUUGCACUGGUGAGAGUGGCUUCGGUGCUCUUCACCAAAGUGAUGACUUCAUCUGCAGUAGGCGUCGAAACCAGGCCAUCAUCGACGUAGGAAUUUCUUUCGACGAACUCCUUGACGUCAGCCUCCUCGCCGUGCUUUACCGUUUUCCUCAGUCCGUAAGUUGCCACAGCUCAACUUGGCCUGUUCCCAAACAGAUGGACGGUCAUCUGGAAUUUUGCGAUUGGCUUCGAAGGGUUGUUCUCCUCAAACCACAAGAAGCGUAGGAUGCGAUGCUCUGGUGAGACAAGGAACGAAUGGAACAUUUGUUCUACAUCACACACCGCAGUCACGUCUUCGCGUCAGAAGCGGACAAGUACUCCGAGUAGAGUGUUCAUCAGAUCUGGUCCAGCGAGUAGUUCACGGUUAAGAGAUUUGCCUUGGUAUUCUGCGGAGGAAUCGAAGACGACUCGAAUCAGUUCCGGUUUUUUUAGAUGAUACACGUCGAAGUGAGGCAGGUACCAUAUUCGUCCAGGGUCCUGGUCCAGCGAGUAGUUCACGGUUAAGAGAUUUGCCUUGGUAUUCUGCGGAGGAAUCGAAGACGACUCGAAUCUGUUCCGGUUUUUUCAGAUGAUACACGUCGAAGUGAGGCAGGUACCAUAUUCGUCCAGGGGAUUAAUUGCAGGAUAUCUCUCUGUCAGGGACCAGCACUGCAUGACCCUUGUCUAGCAUCUUCGACAUGAAUUCAAUAUAAUCUUUCUCCAUUUGUGGUUUGCGUUUUGAGGUGCGCGCAAGCCUAUGUAAGCACUCUAGCUUCUGUUGUUAGGCAUGAAGACAUUUGUUGAGCAAAAGGGUAGGGGCAUUUCCCAGUUCCCGAGCUGGUUCUUGUGAAUUCCUUUGUCCAUGAUCUUCGUGAACCUUCGGUCUUCGAUCGACAGACUGACGUCAUAAUCAUUCCGGGUUACGCUGACCUCUCUGUUACUUCCAAACGUUGAAAGGAAAUACUUCCACUCCGGGCCGUCCGCAUUCAACUUGUCCGCCAGCUCGGUAGAAAUAAUUGAAGCGUUGCUCUGGACAUCCAAAAUGGCGUAUGCACUAUGGGCGCCUCACAGUGAUUUUCUCCGUAGAUAUCGACCGAUACACUUUUGCUGCAGGAAAGUCCACCGGGGGUGCCUUUGCAUACCAACGUGUAUUUUGCGUUCACGUUGUCUUGGCUGUCGUCGACCGUGCCUGCUUCUUUUGCUCUCUCCUUUUUCUCUGCACUGCUCAAAUGAAGAAGGUCGAAGUGCCUUCGGCUGCCACAUAUUCUACACUUCACGUUCUCCCUAUACUGGCUAAAUGAUGAAAUUAGAAUCAGUGGAGACUUAGCCUUUCCUUUAUAUUUGUUACUCUUCGUCCGUAUCUGACCUCCUUGGUACUUCCACACGUUAAAAGUAGAUACUUCCAUUCCGAGCCGUCUGCAUUCAACUUGUCCGCCAGCUCGGUAGAACUUGUACGCUCCUUUUUUGUCUUGCUUAUAUAGAUCAGUUAGCUUCGACUGAAUGCGUUCAAAGUCCUCUGUCACGGCAAUAAGUUGAGCAGCAUGUUGCCGGAGCAUGACUGCAGUUCUGCUGUUUGUAGAGAAUCUAUUACCCGCAAGAGUUUGCGUUCUUUACCCCCUGAAUUUUUCGUCUGUUCUCUAUGGUAUAUGUUAAUGUCUCUUGGGUUAUUACUAGGUGUCCAUUCGCGGUGAUAUCUCCCGCUGGAUCUUCUUGUCGUUUCGACAUGCUAUGGUUUUCUUUUCACGUCCACCGUUUGCCAAUAUUUAAAUAACGGCUUACCUCAAUGUUCUCCAGUUAUUGGGCGUCUCGGCAAUUUUUUCCACUGUCGCGUUCUCGAUUGCGGUUGCACGUCAAUCGAGAUAACGCCGUUGAAAUCGUGUACCACGCUAGCACAUUAACUCUCAAUCUGGCUUAUAGAACAAUGCUUUAAAUCAUAUACAUAUUGAAAAAUCAAGGGCCAAAUAAGCAAAAAUACUCGAACCGAAGAAGUGAAACAACGAAAAUAACGUCGAAAAAAGCGAUCACUUACAUUGUCUAACUCCUAAGAGAGAAAAAUACGAGGCAUUUUCCUUCUGCUUUAUUUUCCUAGUGCGAUUUGAAACCUCUAAGUUUUCUUCCAAAAUUAGUUAUACGAAUUACGAUUAUUAAACAUUAACUAUAAAAAAAAAAGUUCGAGGCUGACUCGCGUCACAUAAUUGGCUAUUCAGUCUUUGGCCGCUAAACAAUUCAGUUCGAAUAUACCUUUCUGUAAAUAAAUCGCGCGCGUUUCAAUAAUUCACCAAAAUGUUCAUUGGAAAGUACAAUUAAAAAAAUGAUGCUAAGUUUAACAUGAAAACCAAAUUAAAAAAAUUUUGGCACAGGAGGGUUUACCGUAUCCUUAAAUGACGCAGACAGACAGGCGGAGACAGAGAAAGGCGCAGAAGGAUACAAAUAGUAUUCACAUGUUGCUUUGGCCUGAACAUUGAAUUGUGUCAGGAUUAGAAUGAUAUUUUUUGAUGUGGACGUAAAAUGGGUUAUCCUCCCAUGCUGUGUCUAAGAUUUAGUUGUUCUGUGUACAUGCACCGUAGUCAUUUCAACAAUUACUUCCUUUUUUUCUUUGAAAUCUAAUAUAGUCGAUCCUACGAUGGACCCAGCUCCAAACCCGCAGUAUGUAUUUUUGAACAGAACCUCUAACUUGUGGUGCCCAGUAAAAGGUGCGCCGGCUCCAUACAUUGUAUGGAGAAAAGAUGGUGACUCUGUUCAAAAUAGUACCAGCAUAACAUUUCAGCAUAAAAUAACUUCGAAAAACAACGUGAACUACAGCUGCGAGGUAAGAAGAGAUGGAGAGGUAUUAAGAAGGAACAUCAGCCUCAUAAUUGAAGGUGAG